GACUGUCGUUCUUCGUGCUGGUUAAUAACCAGUGGUUAUUGCGUCGUGAGUUGAUUUGUGAACUGGGACAGGUUAAAGGAUAAGACCCUCUAAGUUUGUCUGGCGUAUACACAUAUAAUCCUCAUAUAAUAUUAUAUGUCUAUUGUGUGGGGCUAUUUUUACUAUGCUAUUUAUACGUAUUAUUUUGGCUAUAAUUAUGAUGGAAGGAACUCUUCGUCUGUUCAUCCCCAACCAACUUUUUCGUGAACGACACUAGCGUUGCCAAGCGGUUUCGAUGUAACUUCAUCUCGAGCACGUGUUCAUCCCAGCUGCACAGGAGCUUCUUAUUCCCCACCGUUCACGAAAUUUUGUAUCUACUAGAGGGUUUUGCGUGUGGUAGUGUUAUUCAGUGAAGUUUGGGGAUUGGUGUUUGGAUUUGAUCUGUGAUUGUGCCUGCUUAUAUUUUGUGAUUAUUUGAAGAUAAGUUAUUGAAAAGACGAAUAACUUGCAGUGAUGGGAAAAUUUCGUACUCGUGUGAAAGGAAAAGGGAAACGUUGGCGAAAAGGGCAAAGUUCUAGCUGUAACCCCGAAACAAAAAUCAAUAGAGAUGCUGCAAAAUCAAGAUUUUUUCAAGAACAUACGCCUGGUAAAAGCAACCUUACAUCAGAAGCUCUGCAAAAACAUAAUGCUUUUAUGAAAUGUGAGAUUAGAAAUGAAGAAGAAGAAGUAGCAUCUUUAGGGAGUGGUUCCAUUGGUACCUUCAAAACAUUCAAUACUUUUGCUAGCGACUGGAGUGAAUGUUCAAAUAUAUCCUUUAAUAAAUUACUUAAAGGAUUUGAUUCUAAAUCUGCUCUACACAAGGAAAUGUUAGCAGUGCUAGCUGCAGUUACAGAAGUAAUUAAAACAAACGGUGGGAAAGAGACAGCAACCGAAUACUUUGCAGCUUUGAUGACCACUUUGCAAGGGAGUGAAAAUGUGGACUGCAUUACUGCUGUUUUAUCUCUUCUUGGAAUGGGGCUAAAGGCUGUGCCAGAAAAUAUCUUGAGAUUAAAGUUUUCAGAAGUUUCAAAAACAUUUAUUGAUUUACUGGGUCAGUUUGCAACAUCAUCCAAUAAUGUUAUUCUUAGACACUUGAUCGGGUGCUUAUCUGUAUUGCUGAGGGCUCAAGAUGCAGCAGUUUGGUCUAAUUCAUCAACAAUUCAUGCAUUUGAUUCAGUAUUAUCUUUCACUAUACACUCGAAGCCAAAGGUGCGUAAGGCAGCCCAACAUGCAGUGUGUGUAAUUUUGAAGGGCAGCAGAGUAAUGGAAGAAAAUGCACCUUCUUACCACCCAGCUGCUGUUCAUGCUGCAAAAUUUUGCAUUCAUCAAUUGGAAUCUGGGAGCUCUCUGGGAGGUUCAACCACAAUGCUUCACAUGAUGGUUCUCCUCAAAGAGAUAUUGGGAACAUUUCCAAAGUCACAGAUGAAACAAGCAUGUGAGGGCAUUCUCAAAGCAAUGACUUUGGGAAAUGUGUUGGUUCUCUCAUGUGGCAUGCAGGCACUACAUGGCCUGUUUCUUUCAAGACCACCUGCUACUUCCCUGUCAGGAGAAUUAAAUGCUCAGCUCAUUUCUGCUUUAUUUGAUUACCAACCGGCUGCUACUGAUAUGCAACCAACAUUGGCUUGGCUUGCUGUUAUGCAAGAAGCAUAUGUCAAUCUAGCUAGGCUUGAUUUGAACUUGUGGUGUGCAAAUUUGCCUCGAUUGUUUGGUGUUGCUACAAAUUUAUGGCUCUCAGAGAGGAAUGAAAUCAUGAGUAAUGCCACUCUUGCAAUGGAAACUGUAUUAGAAAGUGCAAUGAAGGAAGCUUGCGCUCCUGAUAAGUUUAAAUUGUAUAAACCUAUGAUACAGAAAGUAAUUCAUUGUGCUGAAGCAGGACUCAAGUAUCAAUAUAAUACUGCAUGGCCAUAUGUUCUUCAUCUCUUAGGAGCUAUUUUUGAGUUCACAGGUGAAUCGUGUUAUAGUCUCCUGGAAUCGUGCUUGAAAUCACUUGGGGAGUUACGUGAUUCAGAGCAAUUUUCAUUUCGAAAUGAACUAGAAAAUGCAGUAGGGCGAGCAAUUAAAUCUAUGGGUCCUGAAAAAGUUUUAUCAGCCAUUCCGUUACAGAUUACAGGCUCUGAAACUAAUUAUGAAUUCAAACGGAGUUGGAUGCUGCCUGUCUUGAAAGAGAAUAUUAACGGUGCUCCUUUAAAAUUUUUUAUCACCUACUUUCUUCCAAUAGCUACUGCGUGCAGAAAACAAGCUCAAACCGCGGAAAGUCAAGUUGCCAUUCAUAGUUAUUCCCUCCUACAGUCCCAGAUUUGGUCACUACUUCCUAGCUUCUGCCAUAAUGUUCCAGAUUUGCAGGAAAACUUCAAGGGCAUUGCAAAAAUUUUAGGAGUUAUCAUCACAGAGUACAAAGAUAUCAGAAUUCCUGUGAUGACUGCUUUGCGUCGUUUAAUUACUUUCAAUAGAGAUAACUACAAUGAGAGCAAUGUGAAAGAGUUGAAGAAAUUUGCGAAAAACUACUUGCCAAUCCUUUUCAAUGUAUAUACCACUAAACCAUCUGGUUCUGAUGAAGCAGGUCAGAGAUUAGCUGCUCUUGAAACAAUCAAAGUAUAUUUGACAAUUUCUACUCCUGAAUUGACACAAGAAUUAUUUGAUAAAGCCUUUGAAAAAUUGGAUCAGGAUGAUGUUAAUGAGUUUACUAGAGAAAGUAUCCUAGACUUACUACGUUGUUUGAUUUCAUAUCAAAACACACAGAAAUUGAAUACAUUAUUUUCUCGAAUUGAAAAGUCUAUCAGAGACCCUAAAAGUGGGCAUCAAAAGAAAAGUUAUAGAUUACUGGAAGAAUUAUGUAGCAAUAGUGCGGAAUCUUGUCGAGUAUUUGUCAAAGAUAAAAUGUCAGACAUUGAAAAUCUACUUCUAAAUUCAAUGACAUCAUGUACAGCAGCUACAAAAGGGCCUCGCAUACGAUGUCUCAUAUAUUUAGUGCAGAAUAUGGAAAAACAUGAAAUAAGCACACUAAAAAAAAUUAUCCCAGAAGCUGUGCUCUGCUGUAAGGAUAAUAAUGAAAAAUGUAGAGAAAGUGCAUUCAGCCUAUUAAUUUUGAUCGGUGACACACUGGAGAGAUUGUCUGAUAAAAACAAGACAGAAUCUUUGGAAGAAUAUAUUUCACUAUUAAUGGCUGGUCUGAGUGGGCCAGCUACAUUGGUAUCUGCAACAUUGCUUGCUCUUGGAAAAGUUAUUUAUGAAUACAAGGAUGUGAUGUCAAAUGACCUUCACAAGCUGCUCCUUGAUAAUGUCUGCUUACUGGUUGUAUCAGCUGUUCGGGAAAUUGUUGCAUCAGCUUUAAGUUUCAUUAAAGCUUUUACAAAGUCAAUACCUAUUACUUCAUUGGGUCCAUUUGUGCCUCCAAUUGUCAAGAGUUUGCUGGCCAUGACAGAGGACUGUAAACGACACUUCAGACAAAAAUGUAGAGAUAUAUUGGAUCGCUUCAUACGUAAAUUUGGCUAUGAUGCAGUGGCAGGAUUAGUACCUACUAACGAUGUUAUAAUGCAUAAGCGAUUACGGAACCUUAAAAAAAUAAAUGAAAGAAAAAAGAAAAAAUCACUGAAUGAUGAUGAUGAAGAUGAAGAAGCAGAUGAAAAUGAUCUUUUUAUACUUAGAAACCGGCCAAAAACAAUUGAAGAGAUCUUAGAAGAGUCUGAUUCAGAUUUUGAAGAUACUUCAAACAAAGAUUCUCAGACCACCAAAAAGAAGAGGCACAAUACAUGGAUUCAUGAGGAUGCUGAUUCAAUUGUUGACUUUAUGGAUGCUGGUGCAAACAAAAAAAUUGUUGCAUCACUACCAUCCUCAACAAAUAAUAUUGUUGAGAAGUUGAAAAAAAAGAAGGAUGAUAUGCCUUUUAAAAUGUCAUCUGAUGGCAGAUUAAUCGUCACAGAUGAUGGAAGUGAUGAUGAGGGAGUAAGAAGGAGAAAUGCACAAUAUCAAGAAGACUCUGAUGAUGAAAUGGAUGAUACUGUAAGUAGAGCUGAAUCAGUGCAAGGAACUGUAAAUAGAAAGAGAAAGUUGACUGUUGGCAGCAAUGCCAGUGAACCUCCAUCGAAGUACCAAGCUGGAGGUUCUGGAAUUCAUAGACCUGUUGCUAAAUCAAAAAGUAAGAAUUCUAAAAAGGGUCCUGUUGGUACAACUGGAGAAGAAUAUAGAGCAAAGAAAGGAAAAGGUGAUAUCAAAAAGAAAGGACUUCCUGAUCCGUAUGCAUAUGUUCCACUUUCAAGAAAAUUGUUGAACAGGAGGAAAAAGAUGAAACAUGCUGGCCAGUUCAAAAAUUUAGUAAGAGGAGCUGGUAAAGGUGCUCAGAAAGGAAGUCUUAUGAAGAAGAAAAAUAUAAGAAAAUAAAUGACCCAUAUUAAACCAACAUCUCCACAUUAUUUAUAAAAUUAUACUGCUCUGCAGAAAUAUAAUUUUCUGUUAAACAUUUAAUUAUUUUAUUUUAAUGUUUAUCAUUUCUCCAAUGCCCUGUUCCAUAAAAUCAAAGCAGAUCAGGUGGGCAGAGAUUAAACCUAGAACAGGUACCUCAAAUCACUCAUGUUAUUAGGUAUUUGGUGAAUUCCAUUAACCACUGUUAUUUUGAAGUUUUUUGUAAGAUAAGAAACAAAUUAGGUUUUAAUAGCUUUUGAUUGACUCUCUGGUAACCAGUAUUGUCAUGUUUAAUAGAAACUUUAAAAAAAUGUAAUAAUGAAUAAUUUACAAAAAGCAAUAUAGUCAUAACUUAAAUGCUAAAAAUAAUUAUGAAGUGACAUUACACAUGAAAUUACUAAAAGCUGAAUAUUGAUGACUAACAUUGGACUUAUCAAAACAUUACAUACUGAUUUUCACAUUUUAUACAUAUUACAUUAUAUGAAUGUUGUUUAUUUAGAAAGUUAAAAGAUAAUACAGUUCAUUGUCACAUUAUUAUUCAUUCAUCCUCAUUAUUAUCCACUCAUCCACUAUGUAUCAAUGACUACUUAUUCAUUUUGCAGCCAAUUUUCACUCCUCUAUGUGUUUAUACAAUGUCAAUCCAAGAUGUUUUAAAAGUAAAUAAAAUGUACUCAAUCUUCUGAUACACACAACCCGCCAAGGUAGGUCACCCGCCACGUCCUGACGGGGCAAUGCAGAGAAGGCUCUCAAGUAUUCCUUUCUCUCACCAAUCAUCUUGAUUUCCUUCAUCGUUCAUUCUUGUUCUUUUAUAACACCCUGUCUCUUUUCUUCUACCCCUUCUAUUUCACUGCCCCCUCCCCUGUAUGAACGUGCACCUAUACGUUUGCCGUGCAAAGCAAUGUGUGUCGGAGGGAAGGUGUGUCCUGCCAGUUCAGGGACCUGUUUGUUUCCCAACUACUCCUUGUGCUACUUUCUGCCUUGCUCCUAGGGAUACGUUGUGUACGUACUUUCGGGAACAUUCCUUGUAGGUUUCUAACACACUUGCUUUGGCCUCUGUCUCUUCUAGACGGGCGGG